ACACGUAUAUAUAUUGGCCUCCACUCCAACCUUUGCAGUUUCCAAAAAUACUCUGCGUUAUGUGCACUUUGUCUUACAUAGAGAGAGAUAGAGAAACAGAGAGAGAGAGAGAGGCUGUGUGUGUAUGAAUAGGAGGAGUAGUACGACGUCGUAUAAGGGAAUGAACGCGGUGAACGGAGCGAGCUCUCGAACCGUACUGAUAACCGGAGUGGGCAGAGGGCUCGGGAGAGCCCUGGCCUUAGAGCUCGCCAAGCGAGGCCACACCGUAAUCGGCUGCGCCCGCACCCAGGAUAGGCUCAAUUCUCUCCAAUCAGACCUCCCUGACCCCUCCGACAAGCACUUGCUCCUCAAUGCUGACGUGAGAUCUAAUAGUAGCAUUGAAGAGCUGGCGCGCAUUGUGAUGGAGAAAAAGGGUGUUCCAGACAUCAUAGUAAACAAUGCAGGUACCAUCAAUAAAAACAACAAGAUAUGGGAGGUUCCUGAAGAAGAUUUUGAUACUGUUAUUGAUACAAAUGUAAAAGGAGUAGCAAAUAUGUUGCGUCACUUCAUCCCUCUUAUGCUUACGAGGAAUCAAGGAAUUAUUGUCAAUAUGUCUUCCGGCUGGGGAAGAUCUGGCGCAGCACUGGUUGCACCUUAUUGUGCAUCAAAAUGGGCCAUUGAGGGUCUGACCAGAUCUGUAGCAAAGGAAUUGCCUGAUGGAAUGGCAGUUAUUGCACUUAAUCCAGGUGUAAUAAAAACUGACAUGCUCGAGUCAUGCUUUGGCGAUUCAGCUGGUCUGUACCAGGAACCUGAAGCAUGGGCUUUGAAGGCGGCCACAAUGAUACUCAAUCUUACAGCUGCAGACAAUGGUGCAUCUCUCACUGUUUGAUUAAAGUAUCCACUUAACACAUUAGCCUCAGAUUAUGCAAAUAAUGUCUGAUUAGGAGCUUUGGAGCAAUCAAUCCAGAAAUUUUUUCUCUACACAUCAAUUUUGAAAUUAGAUUGUAAGACACUCUAGUCUGUUUACAGUGUGCUUGACAGGCCAAUGGAAAUAUUGUUCUCUUUGCAAUUUGUUUUAUGCAAUAGAAUCUGAUUAUUAACAAGCAUUAGGAAGUUUGACCAUCAGGGGUAGGUCUAGAAAUCUGAUUUCUCAGAGCUGUCAGGAAGAUAUUCUAUCCUGUUCUUGACAGCUUGAAGAGGUUGGUGGCACCAGUCAUGAAUUAAUUAAAAAUGAAUGAAAUUUCAUGGGCAUCACAAUUGUUCUGGCA